CGGGCCGAGGGGGCGCGGGGACACGGCCGGGCGCCCCUGCCCGCCGCGGUGCCCGCCGCCUGAGGCUGCCCGGGGGCGCGGAGCCGGCGCGGCGCGGCGCGGGCGCAGGAGGCGACUCGAGGCGCGAUGUCGGUGCCGCUGCUCAAGAUCGGGGUCGUGCUGAGCACCAUGGCCAUGAUCACCAACUGGAUGUCCCAGACGCUGCCCUCGCUCGUGGGCCUCAACACCACCCGGCUCUCGGCGGCCCGCGGCGGGACGCUCGACCGCAGCACCGGCGUGUUGCCCACCAACCCUGAGGAGAGCUGGCAGGUGUACAGCUCCGCCCAGGACAGCGAGGGCAGGUGUAUCUGCACGGUGGUCGCCCCCCAGCAGACCAUGUGUUCGCGGGACGCCCGCACCAAACAGCUGAGGCAGCUCCUGGAGAAGGUGCAAAACAUGUCCCAAUCCAUAGAGGUCCUGGACCGGCGGACUCAGCGGGACUUGCAGUAUGUGGAGAAGAUGGAGAACCAGAUGAAAGGGCUGGAGUCCAAGUUCAAACAGGUGGAGGAGAGCCAUAAGCAACACCUGGCCAGGCAGUUCAAGGCGAUAAAAGCGAAAAUGGAUGAACUUAGGCCUUUGAUACCUGUGUUGGAGGAGUACAAGGCCGAUGCCAAAUUGGUUUUGCAGUUUAAAGAGGAGGUCCAGAAUCUGACGUCAGUGCUAAACGAGCUGCAAGAGGAAAUUGGCGCCUAUGACUACGAUGAGCUGCAGAGCAGAGUGUCCAAUCUUGAAGAGCGGCUCCGUGCGUGCAUGCAAAAGCUAGCGUGUGGCAAGCUGACAGGCAUAAGUGACCCCGUGACCAUCAAGACCUCCGGCUCGAGGUUUGGGUCCUGGAUGACGGACCCCCUGGCCCCAGAAGGCGACAAUAGGGUCUGGUACAUGGACGGUUACCACAACAACCGCUUCGUGCGCGAGUACAGGUCCAUGACCGACUUCAUGACGACGGACAACUUCACGUCUCACCGCCUCCCGCAUCCCUGGUCCGGCACCGGGCAGGUCGUCUACAACGGGUCCAUCUACUUCAACAAGUUCCAGAGCCACAUUGUCAUCAGGUUCGACCUGAGGACGGAGACCAUCCUCAAGAUGCGCAGUCUGGACUACGCCGGCUACAACAACAUGUACCACUACGCCUGGGGCGGCCACUCGGACAUCGACCUCAUGGUGGACGAGAACGGGCUGUGGGCCGUCUACGCCACCAACCAGAACGCCGGCAACAUCGUCAUCAGCAAGCUGGACCCUGUGUCCCUGCAGGUGCUUCAGACCUGGAACACCAGCUACCCUAAGCGCAGCGCCGGCGAGGCCUUCAUCAUCUGCGGGACCCUCUACGUCACCAACGGCUACUCGGGGGGCACCAAGGUGCACUACGCCUACCAGACCAACGCCUCCACCUACGAGUACAUCGACAUCCCCUUCCAGAACAAGUACUCGCACAUCUCCAUGCUGGACUACAACCCCAAGGACCGGGCCCUGUACGCCUGGAACAACGGCCACCAGAUCCUCUACAACGUCACCCUCUUCCACGUCAUCCGGUCCGACGAGUUGUAGGGGCCUCUGCCUGGAAGCCAAGAGUCCCAAGCCCUCGCCCACGUGGACGUCCCCGCGAAACAGCUGCCAAAACGAUACUAACGAUACUAAUCACACUAACCCUGGACACUCAUCAGCAACGUGGAGCCCGGCGUCGUGCGACGGCGCGACCUCCCGUGUGUCUCCAGCUCAGGCCCGAGGGCGACGGGAUUGGGGAAGAAACCUCCCCCGCAACUUUGCAGCUGGAACUGCAGCCCGGGGCUCCCCUCGCCGCCCCCGCCCCGUUUUUGGUCAAACCACGUCCCGACGAAGUAAGGCCAUGUCCGUCAGCCAGUUCUCGCCCGAGGACACCCCACUGUUGGGAUCGCAUGGACCUCUCCUUAGACCGUGGUCAGCGCUGAGAGCCGGGCGCGCGCGGCGCCCGGCGGGGUCGACGUAGGCUACCCCCGCUCGUACCCUGUCGCAGCCGCUGCCCCUCGACCGUGUGUUGUGUCUUAGAUUAACGUGCUGAAACUCCAGUAGCCUGUGCCCCCUGUGUCUAGUCCCUGCCGCGCGGCGGCGGCGGCGGCGUGCGUGGCGCAGCCUGCCGCGGGGCCGCGUGCGCGCGCCCACCCGUAGUGUAUCGUGCAGCGUGUGCCCUUGUCCCUUGAGGUGGUGGCCCUGUGCGUCCGGUGUGUGCAGUGGAUGUUGUCAUGCAAUGCCGUAGUUUGGAUCAGUCAGUGGGUGGUUCUGUCGCUAAAAAGAAAAAUAGUAACCCUGUUCGCCCUCAGAGAGAGAUACCCAAGUUCACAGUGAGGACUGUCGAAGGGAUUGUUCUCUUCUUGUCCAACGAUCUCAACCUCGUCGCCGCGGACGAGAAGCGCGCCUCUGGGGAGGCCUCCGAGUCCGGCGGGAAGGGGGGCUCCCCGACAGCGUUGGUGUGCGGAAAGCCCGUUUUUUAAGUAAAAAAGAGGGGAACUUUGUACUCUCCAGUUAUCUAAGGAACAAUAAACAUAU